GAGAGGGGUAGGAAUUGUAAAAUGCAUUAUGAGAAAGGCAAGGGAAGAUAGGAAAGAUUAUUUUGUAGGAUUAAUGGAGUAUAGAAAUACCCCAAUUUCAGGCCUUGAUCUUUCUCCUGCUCAAAUGAUGUUUAAUCGCAGAUUAAAAACUAAACUACCAAUAUCUAACAGACUGUUAAAUGCUAAAUUGUUUAGUAACAUUAAAGAAAAGUUAAUUGUAAGGCAAAAGAUUCAAAAAUCUCAUUACGACAAAACUGCUCAUACACUAUCAGAGCUUCAGCCAAAGGAAAAUGUUAGAAUACUAAAUUUCAAAAACAAGACUUGGGAACCUGCUGAAGUAAUUUCAAAGGAUAAAUUCUAUCCUCGUUCAUAUUAUGUUAGAAAUAGUUCUGGUAGAGUUUUCAGGCGUAACAGAAAACACAUAAGACAGUCAAAUACAAAGUUUAAAAUUGAAAUAGAUCCUAAUGAUGAUAUAAUUAGCAAUUCCCAAGCUGAUUUAAACAGUUCUUCAAAUUCUCAAAUCUCACAGAAUUGUCAUAUAUCAAAUAGUAAUGUGCAAAGAAAAAGUAAUCGUGUUCGUAAGUCACCAUCUUAUUUAAAUGAUUAUGUUGUAUAAUUGUAUAACGUAAAAAGGGGGAUGUCAUGAUAAUUCUGUACAUUGUAAGUUGGUGUUGGCAACAGUACCAUUAUUGAUUGAUUGUUGUCUUUGAUAUAAGUUGUUGUUGCAAUGGCUGUGUAGCUAAAGAGUUGUUAUGCUUAAAAGAUGAACUAUAUUAAUCCAGAAAUAAUCUCAUUGUAAAUACUAUAAAUAAAAUGAAUAUGAAAGAA